GGUGCUCUGAAGUGAAGUUUGGGGUGUGAAGUGCUGGUAGGAGAUGAGAGGAUCUCCUGGUAGUUUUGCCUGCAGUUCUGCACCAUAGAACAUAAAGGAAAGGACCUAUUUCUUGGCAACAUCACAAUAUACACUGGCUCUGUAACCCCACGCCAUGGGUAGCGGUGCCAGCUCAGAGAGUAAAGAGUCAGCCAAAAGAUCAAAGGAAUUGGAGAAGAAACUCCAGCAAGAUGCAGAGCGGGAUGCCAGGACUGUCAAACUUCUUUUGUUAGGUGCUGGAGAGUCAGGGAAGAGCACCAUUGUGAAGCAAAUGAAGAUCAUCCAUAAAGAUGGUUUCACAGAUCAGGAGCGCAUGGAGUUCAGACCCAUCGUUUACAGUAACACACUGCAGUCUAUCCUGGCUAUCGUGAAGGCAAUGUCCACAUUAGGAAUUGCUUAUGAAAACCCAACCAGUAUAAAAGAUGAAGGACAACUCUACGUUAUGGCAAACUCUAUGGAUGAAGGUACCAUGUCUUCUGAGUUAGCGGAAGUCAUAAAACGACUGUGGAAAGACCCAGGGAUCCAGGCCUGCUUUGAAAGGGCUGCAGAAUACCAGCUUAAUGACUCAGCUGCGUACUAUCUCAAUGAUUUGGACAGGUUGACAGCACCUGGGUAUAUUCCCAAUGAGCAAGAUGUUCUACACUCCCGAGUGAAAACAACUGGAAUUAUUGAGACUCAGUUUUCCUUCAAGGAUUUAAACUUCAGAAUGUUUGACGUGGGUGGACAGCGAUCAGAGAGAAAGAAGUGGAUUCACUGCUUUGAAGGGGUUACUUGCAUCAUAUUCUGUGCUGCACUUAGUGCCUAUGACAUGGUACUGGUAGAAGAUAAGGAAGUGAACAGAAUGCAUGAAAGCCUUCACUUGUUCAACAGUAUCUGCAACCACAAGUACUUUGCAACCACCUCCAUUGUGCUAUUUCUAAAUAAGAAAGAUCUCUUCCAAGAGAAAAUAACAAAAGUUCAUCUGCGUGUCUGCUUUCCAGAGUACAACGGAGCAAACACAUUUGAAGAUGCAGGAAAUUAUAUCAAGAAACAGUUCCUAGACUUGAAUGUAAAGAAAGAAGACAAGGAGAUAUAUACUCACCUGACCUGUGCAACAGACACCCAGAAUGUUAAGUUUGUUUUUGAUGCAGUGACAGACAUAAUAGUCAAAGAAAAUCUGAAAGACUGUGGACUCUUCUAAGCAUUUGUUUGCCACAUCCUGCCUCCCAACUUCCCUCUUUCCUUUUCAACCUCCCCCUACUCUUCUUUCUUGAUCCUAUAUGAUGAGUGUAAAGGAAAAAUGGAGGAGGAAAAAGAUGGUGCACUCAGCUAAGGUUUGGUUAGAUGUAAUGCUGAGUCUUGACUGUAGUUACCGUUGUAGAAAGCCUCAGUUAUGAGGACAAUCAUGAAAGUGCCACACAGGUUGCGCACCUA